AUGGCUUAAUGGUUAGCACGUUCGCCUCACAGUGCCAGGGUUGGGGGUUCGAUUCCUGCCACAGCCCUGUGUGUGUGGAGUUUGCAUGUUCUCCCUGUCCUGUUGGUUUUACCUUCGGGUACUCCGGUUUCCUAGGACAUGCACGGUAGGCUGACUGGCGUGUCCAAAGUGUCCGUAGUGAUCCCUGCGAUGGAUUGGCAUCCUGUCCAGGGUGUACCCCGCUUGUGCUCGACGCUCCCUGGGAUAGGCUCCAGGUUCCCCGCGACCUUGAAGGAUAAGUGGUAUAGAAGCUGGAUGGAUGAACUUCCCACUACACUCAUAAAUCACUGCAAGGAAUAUUCCUUUGGUUUUUUUAGUCACACAUAAGCUAUGUGCUACGUAUGUUCCUGACAUACUAAAAUAUUCAAAUGUUACACUAGUCCUAUAUUAUCAAUCUGGAAUGUACAAAAAAAGUAGGGUCAAGUAUUGGGGUUGCAGAAAUCUCAUGAUGUCCAUUUGGGGUCGUUUGGGAAUCAUUGUAAUGGGUAUAAAAGUUUCUUUAUAGGUGUAAAAAAAAACAAAAAAAAACAACUGACAAAUCUAUGCGUAAAAUUUUUUUUUCUAAAUAUCUCCACAAAAUCCCUAAUGCACAAUAAUCCAUACGUAGUUUUACUUAAUUUAAAUUCCGAACUUUUUGUGCGCAAUACAUUCAGCAGGUUAGGAAGAGUGGAUCUGGCAACCCGUUUUAAAAGGACUGUGGUUUGUUUUUACGGAACUACUUUCGUGUUCCUCCGAGUACGGGGUAGUAGUUCUUAACCGACUAUUUUAGCGCUUAUUUAAAUAUUAUUUCACUAACUAAAUUAAUAAUGUUUCAUUUUAAAACGCACAAGUCGGUGUUUAUAAUCAUUUAUUUUCCGUUAAUUGAGGAAAUAAAAAGCAAUAAGGUCCAGUUUUCGACACCGAUUUGAUGUUCGGCCUUUUCUUUUUCCAUGGACGGCCGCCAUCUUGAAUUUUUAUGUUGAUUUUUUUUUUUACUGUAGCUAAGUUAGACAUAUGUUUAAUCAGUAUCUUUUUUUAGGAUUUUAAUUACUUUGAUUUGGGAUCAUAGUGAAAGAUUCAGGUCUGAUUCGCCAUGGCAGCCAAUGACUAACACAGAGACUCGAUGCUACUAACGCGGGCGCUCUGCGGGUAUGAAGUGGAUGGGAGAACCCAAGAAGAACAUGGUAGUAAAUGGCAGACGUCCUGGCAGCAGGUUCACCGAAAGCCGCCCACAGCAUCUGCGUCACAGCAAGAACUCGCUCAGCAGCCGGAGAUGCAGCCGCCGUUUCAACGGUGGUCCGAUGGAGGCGGAAAGACGCCACGUCCCAUCGUCAGGAAUGACCGCCAAGGAACUGUGUGAGAACGACGACCUGACCACGAGCCUCAUCCUUGAUCCUUACCUCGGCUUUCAAACCCAUAAGAUGAACACCAGAUUUCGGCCCGUUAAAGGAAGACAAGACGAGCUGAAGGACAUCAUAGAGAGUUUUAAAAAACACAACGACCUCGAGAAAGCUUUUGAAGCUUUAACAUGUGGAGAUUCCUCCAGGAAUCAUCUUCUGUCCAAGACUAAGGCUCAGGAGAAACUUUUCAAACAACACGUAUUUGUUUAUCUGCGCAUGUUUGCGAGCGACAGCGGGUUCGAGAUUUUGCCCUGCAACCGAUAUUCAUCUGAACAAAACGGAGCCAAAAUAGUCGCGACAAAGGAAUGGAAGAGGAAUGAUAAGAUCGAGCACCUGGUGGGUUGCAUUGCUGAGCUGUCAGCCAGCGAGGAGAACAUGUUAUUACGCCACGGGCAGAACGACUUCAGCGUCAUGUACUCCACUCGCAAAAACUGCGCUCAGCUCUGGCUCGGGCCCGCCGCUUUCAUCAACCACGAUUGUCGGCCGAAUUGCAAGUUUGUGUCAACGGGGCGCGACACGGCUUGCGUUAAAGUUCUCCGAGAUAUCGAACCGGGCGAAGAGAUCUCCUGUUACUACGGCGACGGGUUCUUCGGAGAAAACAAUGAAUUUUGCGAAUGCUACACGUGCGAAAGGCGUGGCACUGGUGCUUUCAAAUCAAAAAUGGGACUUCCCGUGGCAGUUCCUGUUAUCAAUAGCAAAUACGGCUUGAGGGAGACCGACCGGCGAAUCAAUAGGCUGAAGAAGCUGGAAGAAGCGAGCCAGAACUCCGACGUCCGUUCCGUCGGCUCUCACACCGACGCAGACACUCAGGAUUCACCAAAAACACACUCAUCGUCUAGGAAAAGAACGCCGGCUAGUGCGAGGGUAAGUAAAACCAGGAGCCAUGAUGGACGGUCUCUCUCAAGAGCUUACACAUCUACCUCACCUUCCAAACAAAGUCAAGCUAAUAACAGGGUACCAAAGAGACUGAAAUCAAAACCCUCCAGGCCUUCGCUCACGAGCGUAAGGUUACGGAGCCAGAGCCGAGGGUCCGACGCGAAGACCUCCGCCAAGGAGCCGAAAGCCGCGCUCUGCAGAGACGUCCGUGUUAAAAAGGAGAAGGACUCGCUUAGAACUUUUAACUCUGCGGGUUCCAGAGGCUGCUUAACACAGCACAUCGCAAAGGAAAACUAUCAGCCGUCUUUAAAGUGUUCUGUGGAAUCGGAGAGCUGCACUUACAGGACUCGAAGGUCAGCGAGGACUUUGCAUAAGGCGCAGGAAGCUGACGGCAUCGACGGUGAACGAAGCACUUUUGAAAGCCAAAACCCGGUCAUUAAAACGGAGCCGGCUGACAUGGAGGAGUACCUCUCUCACAGCUUGACGCUGAAGGAGAAAACGCCGGAAGACUCGUACAUCGGGAGAGUUUCUAACUCGCAGCAUCUCCAGUUCCCUCAGCUCCAGCUGGACAGGAGGAUAAAAAGCGAGGACGAGCGCAGCGAGCCUUUCACGCCAAGGUUUAUGCAAAGUCCUAGCGUCAAGGACGUGCUCCUGGGGUUUCCCGAAAGGCCUCGGCGUUCCGGUUCUUCCAAGAAGGACAAGUCUAAAGGAAGCAGGCGGAGUUUGGGAAGAGGGAAGAAGAAACACAGAAUUCCACACUAUGACGCAGUGAUUCUGGAUAGCAGCACGGGGAUUCCCAAGCUGACUUUGCGCAGACGUAGGGACAGCGGCGAGACCAGACAGGCUCACACGGACUCCUCAAAGAUUGGCUUCAAGCUGGGCAAAGACCGCGAGCGCGACGAGGGAAGCUCUCACGGAGCCAGGUUCAGCAACAACGGCUUCAGUUCCGCGUCCAGGAAGACUUCCGGAAAGCUGAAGAUCCAGAUGAAACGCGAGGACAGCGAGCGUCUGGUCGCGCAGACGUGUCUCAACGGCAGUCACCGGCGCAACCAUGUGGAUCAGCAGCCUUCAUCGGAGGAGGAGGAGGAGGAGGACGACGACGACGACGAUGAUGACGACGAUGAUUACGAGGACGAUUUUCCGCUUCCAACAGCAAAACGUCUCCGGCUUAUUCUCGGCAAAGAUUCCAUAGACAUCGAUAUCUCCUCCAGGAGGAGAGAGGAUCAGUCGUUGAGGCUCAGUGCAUAAGCUCACCUUCGGACUCACAUGUACAUAAACUUCAGGUUAACUCUGAUUACGUCACUGAAAAGAAAUACAUCAUUUAAGGAAUAACUUGAGCUUUUUUCCCCACCUCCAAUCUAAUCUCUCUCCAUUGUAUAUGUAGCAUAUGUGUGAUUACCGUGUGUAACAAUUUCAAUGUUUCCCUGAUUAGAAAAAUAGCAAACUUAUAAUGGAGGUCUAUGGGCGGAUGUCAAGUCUUUUAAUGAAUAUUUAAAUCAGCAGAAGUUUAGAAGGAAACACUAAAGGUGUGAGGAUGAGAUCGAUGCUAGACGUUUUUACGGUGUUUCUGUAGCCUUUUAUCAUUUUUAAUUAAACGUGAAUAAAAUUGAAGAAAAGCCAGUUCACCGAAGGGGAAAGGACGGACGCGGGAUGUGAAUGAGGGCCUUGGGGUAGAAUGUGCUGUUUAUCGCCUUCCAUUUAACUGAAGGGACACGCUGUGAGGAUUUGUGGUUAAUGAAAAAUAUAUAUUUAUAUUAGUAUAUAAAAGCAGUUCUCUAAUACAGAUAGACCUGUAUCAUUUAUACAGAUUAUGGUUCUCAAAUACGUUUUUUUUUUUUACUUCAACCAUGUAGUAUUCAAUUAUUAAUUAGGUUAUUUUAAAAUUAAUGUGAAGUGUAUGCUAGCAUCGCACAAGCAAACGUUUACAUUCGUACUGUAUAAACAAUGGGACGUGAAAACAAGCUGCUUAGAUGGCGAAAUCCAAACACUGGGCUUUUUUGAUGCUAGCGAACUGGAAAAAUCGUCGUUAGCCGAGUUCUGGUCGCGUUGUGGUCACGGGGGUCGUUUCGGGAACGUUGCAAAAGAAUGGAGUUAGCUGAUUAGAGUUAAAACAUGGCAUCGUAAACGUUUUAAAUGCUUAUUUUUACGUAAAUAUGACACAAAAUUGUGUCAUAUUUGAGCCGUACGAUUCAUCUUGACAUCACUUAGACAAUUUUAUUCGCUUUAUUGACGAAACUUGAAAAGCAUUCAUCCUAAUGUUUGGAGAUUUUGUGAGUUCGAAUCCCGACGAUGCACCACGGCUAUUGUCGAAGUUUUCUGAGCGGGAGGGGCAUACCCUGACUCCCCUGUCAAUCACAGCAACACUAGCCAAUCCCGGGCUUCUGUGAGGUGACGUAUGCGGAAGAGGGCAGAUAGCCCUUGCGUCUGUAAUGCAUCAUUAGCAGCAGCCUCCGACAAAACAGUUCACAAUUUCCUUUCUCUGAAAAUACGUUCGCGUAAACGUUCAGUGCUGAAAUCCAACGUCCGCCCUUAGUCUUUAUAUAAAUAUUUUUGUUCUUUUUUUUUCCCCCUACAAGAGAUUGUAGAAAUUCUUGUCUUGUAAUCACACACAGUAUAGAUACAGUGAUCGAGAGAGAGAACGGAUUGGAGUAUUUCCUUAAUUAACGUUUGUAUAUUGUUAAAAUGCACUUAAAAUGGACGCCGCUCUUGUAAAUAUUUUGUAAAGUAUCGAUACUUGUGUGACAUCAUCCUGAUGUUGUUUUUAAACAGUGUGCUCGCUCUGCUGGAACCAGUCGAAGAAACCAACCUGAUGAGUCAUGUAGCACCAUGGGACUUCUUUUUUUUUUUUCUUUUCACACAUGGACACGCUUUCGUACGAUGUCGUAUUGUAUUGUAAGCGUAUCUACAGAGCACAGAACUGAGGUUGUGUUUUUUGUUUGUUUGUUUGUUUGUUUGUUUGUUUGUCUGUGUUUUUUUUUUUUCCUUCUGAAAUGUAAUUGGUGCUGAUUCUCUACGCCGUCUCUGUCCGAGCCAACAGUUCAUGGCGAGAAACGAUUUUGCAUGUCAGUUAUAUGGUGUAGGAGUUGUGUAAAUGGCAGACAUCCAUGCCAUAGGUGCUCAUACUUUGGGACUUCUGUGAAUUUCUCAUGACCAGGUUAACAUUCCGCGCAUUAUUUAAAUGAUUUAACGACAUUUCAGCUCCUCGUUCUACUCCGCUGGAUAUUCCGUUCUUGAAUGCACGUCGGAGUACGCUGUAAACCGAGCGUGUAAUAAUCACGUAUGGCAUUAUUCCAAGCAUGAUUUGCGAGCUCUAACGAUCAUGUUCUCAUUCGAUACCUCUUCCCUGUACAUGUUAAACCUAAUCAUAGCACUAAUCAUUGUCAAGUCAUGUUUUUAAAAAUAAAUCAAUAAAUACGAUCAAAGGAAAAUAGUUAACAGAAGACGAUUAUAGAAAAUGUGCGAAAGUUACACUUUCUGCCGUCUAUAACUUCUUAAAAUGGUGCGGUUGUAGGAAAAUAAUCACCGUUGAGGUGAUACCAUGAAAAAGUUGGUUAUUUUCCUAUAGCAUCACUUCCUGAAGUGUUUUCUUCCUCUUAUGCCACACCAAUAUAUCAAUGACUUAUGUUUAUUUCUUAAAGACGACACUUUUCAUUCGUUUAUAUUUGCAUUUAAUGUGAAACAAGCUUGUUUCCUGUUCUCACUUACGUUGUAGCAGCUGUAAAUCAGUCCGGACAGGAUUUCGCAGAGGUUUUUUCUUUUUGCGUGAUUGUUGUGGCACAAAACGCUUGAUUUUGCCGCAACAAAACUACUCGAAUCGGCAAAAUCGCAACUGCACGGAAUUGUUUUGCGUGCUCUUUCGCAACGAUGUUUGUUGAGGCCUUUUGGCUGUACUCGUGUUCGACGUGUUCGACGCACGUGUACGGAAGAGGGCGUCGGCUGAAAGCGCGUUGUGUUGACGUCACGCGACACGUCUCGGUGCAGACCUGCGGUAAAUUUGAAAAAGUGCAAGCUCCUCCGAAUAUUGCGGCGUUCCCUUGAUUUUCCCGCUCGUUUCUGUGAUCGCAAAAAAUUCUCUUGAAGUUAACGCAGCUCGUCACGUUACUCCCAGAUCAACGAUUACACGUUAUACAAGUCCCUGUGAAUGAGAUUUGCAGCUGCGCUACUGUCAGUGCUACAGUCGUAGAAAACGAAUCAUCUUCCGACCAAUCAGAAUUCAGAAUUGAACAGCGCUGUGGUUUAAGAGAGAUGGGAAGAAAACACAUUCCUCUGAUAGCACAAGGUGCCUUGCAUCGGGGCCCCUGACAUCUCCGGUCGUUCUGCUCUGGUGGUCGAUGCUGUAUUACAUAUCACGUGACGCUUUGAGAUGAACGUUAAAUCUUCGUAUCACCAGCAGCUGUGAACUGGACUUCAUCCCGUCUUCCCACUAAGGAUUUCCCCUCACCUCGCCCCCAGUCCUCUGUUUCUGCUCCGUUUAUUAUCUCUGUACAGUUCCCUGUUAAGAUUCCAGCUCUGACUCUAAGUGUGUAUAGUUGUUUAUAAGGGUAUGGGGUACAAUUUAAGUAGAAAAGCAAAUGUGCAAAAGUUGCCCACUAUUUAAAUCUUUUUAUUUAACAGGUUUGAAUACUUGAAUUGAAGAUAAAGUCCCGUUGGGGAAAGUAAGACCA